CUGCGGGGUGCUGUUCCGGCCGCCUCCUUCGUUGCUCCGCGCCGGGUGUGGGGCGUCGCGGGCCCUUUAAGAGCCGCAGGACCCGCGAGCAGAAGCUAGGAGAACACAGUCGCCCAGCUGCCUGGGUCCAGAGGACAACAGUGCUGGGGACCAGGCUUAUCCAAGUGGGGUCGGAGCGGGACCCCAACCAUCCCUCCCAGACCCUGCCAUCCCCUCUGACCUGGAGCCCGGCCUUCCCCUACUGCCCACCCCGCCCCGGCCCCGCCCCGGCCCGGGCACCCGGGACCCGGAGCCGGGGCGCCGGUGCCGCAGCCUGAGGCAGGAAAGGCAAGCCCGGAGUCUUCAGCACCGGCGCGGCAGAGCUGAGCAUCCCUGCUGAGCAUCCCGGUUGAGCAUCUGUGCGCUGCACCAGCCGGGAGACGCGUCAAGGCCGGCUGCGUGAUGGCAGAGAAGGCACUGGAGGGCUGUGGACUAGGGCCGGGGGCUGUGGCAAUGGCCGUGGCGCUGGAGGACGGGGCGGAGCCCCCUGUGCUGACCACGCACCUCAAGAAGGUGGAGAACCAUAUCACAGAAGCUCAGCGUUUCUCGCACCUGCCCAAGCGCUCCGCUGUGGACAUCGAGUUCGUAGAGCUGUCCUAUUCCGUCCGGGAGGGGCCCUGCUGGCGCAAACGGGGUUAUAAGACCCUCCUCAAGUGCCUGUCUGGUAAGUUCUGCCGCAGAGAGCUGAUUGGCAUCAUGGGCCCCUCUGGGGCUGGCAAGUCCACAUUCAUGAACAUCUUGGCAGGGUACAGGGAGUCUGGGAUGAAGGGGCAGAUCCUGGUCAAUGGGAGGCCACGGGAGCUGAGGACCUUCCGGAAGAUGUCCUGCUACAUCAUGCAAGACGACAUGCUGCUGCCACACCUCACAGUGCUAGAAGCCAUGAUGGUGUCUGCCAACCUGAAGCUGAGUGAGAAACAAGAGGUGAAGAAGGAGCUGGUGACCGAGAUCCUGACGGCCCUGGGUCUGAUGUCCUGCUCUCAUACGAGGACAGCCCUGCUCUCUGGGGGGCAGAGGAAGCGCCUAGCCAUUGCCCUGGAGCUGGUCAACAACCCACCUGUCAUGUUCUUUGAUGAGCCGACCAGCGGUCUAGACAGCGCUUCUUGUUUCCAAGUGGUGUCCCUCAUGAAGUCUCUGGCCCGCGGGGGCCGCACCGUCAUCUGCACCAUCCACCAGCCCAGUGCCAAGCUCUUUGAGAUGUUUGACAAGCUCUACAUCCUGAGCCAGGGCCAGUGCAUCUUCAAGGGCGUGGUAACCAACCUGAUUCCCUAUCUGAAGGGGCUUGGCUUGCACUGUCCCACCUACCACAAUCCCGCUGACUUCAUCAUUGAGGUGGCCUCUGGCGAGUAUGGAGACCUGAACCCCAUGCUGUUCAGGGCUGUGCAGAAUGGCCUUUGCACCAUGGCUGAGAAGAAGAGCAGCCCCGAGAAGAAUGAGGUCCCUGCCCACUGCCCCACUUGCCCUCCGGAAGUGGAUCCCAUUGAAAGCCACACUUUUGCCACCAGUACCCUUACCCAGUUCUGUAUCCUCUUCAGGAGGACCUUCUUGUCCAUCCUCAGGGACACGGUCCUGACCCACUUGCGGUUUGUGUCCCACGUGCUGAUUGGCGUGCUCAUUGGUCUCCUCUACUUGCAUAUUGGUGAUGACGCCAGCAAAGUCUUCAACAACACCGGCUGCCUCUUCUUCUCCAUGCUCUUCCUUAUGUUUGCAGCCCUCAUGCCAACCGUGCUCACCUUUCCCUUAGAGAUGGCAGUCUUCAUGAGGGAACACCUGAACUACUGGUACAGCCUCAAAGCGUAUUACCUGGCCAAGACCAUGGCCGAUGUGCCCUUCCAGGUGGUGUGCCCUGUUGUGUACUGCAGCAUCGUGUACUGGAUGACAGGCCAGCCAGCUGAGACCAGCCGCUUCCUGCUCUUCUCAGCCUUGGCCACAGCCACCGCCUUAGUAGCCCAGUCUUUGGGACUGUUGAUUGGAGCUGCUUCUAACUCCCUACAGGUGGCUACCUUUGUGGGUCCAGUUACUGCCAUCCCUGUCCUCUUGUUCUCUGGCUUCUUUGUGAGCUUCAAGACCAUCCCUACUUACCUGCAGUGGAGUUCCUACCUCUCCUACGUCAGGUAUGGCUUUGAAGGUCUGAUUCUGACCAUCUACGGCAUGGAGCGAGGACAUCUGACCUGCUUAGACAAACACUGCCCAUUCCGGGAUCCACAGAGCAUCCUGCGAGAGCUAGAUGUGGAGGAGGCCAAACUCUACAUGGACUUCCUGGUGUUGGGCAUCUUUUUCCUGGCCCUGCGGUUGCUGGCAUACCUUGUACUCCGGUACCGGGUCAAGUCUGAGAGAUAGAGCCGUUCUCUUGCCUCUGCUGGGCAGCCUCUGCAGCAGGAAGCCCCCAGCCCUUUGGGACUGUUUUAAACUUGUAGACUUGGGCAUUGGCUGCUGGUGCAGCCGUCCUCCCCUCCCCUGGCUGUGGGCCUGGGUGCCCAGCCUCAGCCCUGGAGGUGGGGUUCCAGCCCACCCCACCAAGCCCAGGAGUCUUCCCAAGUUGAUGCGGUUGUAGCUUCCUCCCUACUCAGUCCAACACCUGCAUGCAAAGACCACUGGGAGGUUGCAACCCCCUUCCUGCCCAGGGCACCCUCCUCUGUUGUCCUCCUCUGCCUGGGAGCCCCAUGUUCUCUAGGCCCCAACUUACAGCUGAUCAAAGUAACCUCUUCUGGGGGUCCCCACCACACUAGUGUUUGUAAGCCAAGGUGUUAUAAGAUUAUAAGGCUGGAGUUCCAGGGCUGGGCCCUGGUGGGGUCCCCAGGGAGUCUCAUCAUGGAAUUGGAUGGAACAAGAAGGGACUCUGGAAGUCUCUUCCUUCUCUUUCCCCCUCCCCCUACCUUGGCUGAUUUGGACAAUCUGCUGGGACAGAAGCUGGUUUUUUUCUGUCUGGGCCACCACUUCCAAUCCUGGAGAUUGGAGAGACCAUGGAUGUGUCCCCCCACUCCCCCAAAUCCUUGGGCCAGGGUAGGUCUGGAUGGCACCUCUGCAAUAAUGUCCAUGUCUCUUUCCCACCUGUCACUGGAACUGGAGAAUGCACUUUAUUCUGGGGGUGAGCCAGGGAAGCCCCAACCUUCUCUUAUUGCUGCUCCUGACAUGGGGCUCCACAGGCUCCUUCCCUCUCCAGAGUCACAGGCACACAAACAUAAUCAGGCAAUCUUGGCCCUACACAUGCACCAUCCCCUAUGGCUCAGAGGAAGAACUGUUGUGGCACUAAGGUGGUGGCAGCAGGUGCUUUGGAAGGGUAGCACCAACCUCCUCCUGGGAAUCCUGCUUUGGAGACCAAGGAUGAGGUUGGUGCAGCUCAGUGUGACUCCAAUAUCUGUAGGUGUCUCCCCUUAGUCUUCCCUCCCUCUCGAGCCAGGGGUGGCACUGGGCACUAGACUCCUGGAGGUCAGGACCCAACAAGCACAAACACAGGCAGAAGCUGGCCUCAGCCACCACCUUCUAUGGCCCUCCUUUUGUGCUCCAAGCUGACACUUUUCCUCUACUGCGCCUUCUUCAGCUGCCCACUGCUCGUUCAAACUUCUGUCCACAUCUCUUCAUCUUUCGAUCAGCAGCUGGCCCAGGACAUCAGAGCAGUAGGGCCUGGCCACCAAAGUGGCAGACACCCACAGCAUGUCUGUCUGUCUUCCUGGUGGGUCCAGGCUCAUCUACUUCAGAUUCUGCUUCUCCAGGACCUGUUCCCUACCCCUGUGUUCACUCCUUGCCACCUGCCCUCACUCUUCCACAGGUUCUUCUCAUUACACAGAUGCCAGUUGUAUUUGUGGGAUUUCACCCAUUAUUAAUAAAACCUAUAUUUAUACAG